CAGGAGGUUCAGUUUCGCUUCAGACCUACAUCGCCGCCACAAGCAAUUUCAGUGCCUCGUGCGCGCUCUUGGCCUCUCUCUGCGUGUCUUGUGAGUAACGUACACACACCAUAUACCGCUGCCGCCGCCGUCGUCGCGCACCAUCGUCGUCUGCUUCCAAAAAAUCAUCCAGCAACGCGCGGAUCAAAGUAGUGUCGAUUUCCUCCGAAAAACAUCACCCAUUUCGCGUGGCCUCUCUCCAUUGUUGCAAAAAUCUUCUGUGGCUUCAAAAUGAGCCAGCAAGCGUUCUGAAGGAUGACGUUCGCGUUUCGAGCACGGUGAUCCGGUUGACGUUUUCCCGAUAGGAUUUCGUGUACCGUUCGUUCACCAAUACCGCAGUACUACGCUCAGUCAGUCAGUACACAGCAGCAGUAGCGAGCGAUCCGGGAUUGUCAUAGUCGUGUCUAGUGUGUGCCGUGGCUGCCGCUUUCCGUGUUCGCGGGGAGGACAGCGAGAGAGUGCGUGGUGUGAUUCGCAAAAAAUAAAGUAGGAAAAUUGAACGGCGAGUGUUUCUCACUAAUAGUGCGUGCGUGAAGAGCAGUCUACAUUUUCUGCUCCUGUCGCGAGAAUCUUCCAAAGUAGCGAGAAAGUUGGAUCGCGACUGAGGGAUACCAAGAAUCCCGAAGGAAUACAUCCAGUAAUAAUCUAUUGUGUGAUAGUAGUUUUUUGCAAUUCAUAAGUUAAGCCCUUUUAGCGAUUCAUUUAGUAAUCGUAGAGUGCUGUGUAAAUUCUGUAGAACGGAAGAGCAGCGCGCAGUCAGUGUACGAGAAAGGAGUAGUGUGAGCAAGAUAGUGGAACUGGUUCCCGUUUUUGCUCGCUGAACGCAAUACACAAAUCACCACAACUGCCGGUUACUAGCUAAUUCACCAUGGAGGACGGCCAUAGCAAGUCCGUCGAAGAAGUGAUCAGUCACUUCCGAGUGGAUCCAGAACGGGGUCUCUCUCUCGACCAGGUCAAGGAAUACCAGAAGAAGUAUGGACCUAAUGAACUCCCAGCUGAAGAGGGAAAAACAAUCUGGCAAUUAGUUCUGGAACAGUUUGACGAUCUGUUAGUUAAGAUUCUGCUGCUGGCUGCUAUCAUUUCCUUUGUCCUCGCCCUUUUUGAAGAACAUGAAGGCGUUGAAGCCUUUGUGGAACCCCUGGUCAUUUUGCUCAUUCUGAUCGCCAACGCUUGCGUCGGUGUGUGGCAGGAACGUAAUGCCGAAUCCGCCAUUGAAGCCCUGAAAGAGUAUGAGCCCGAGAUGGGCAAGGUCGUCCGUGGCGACAAGUCCGGCGUCCAGAAGGUGCGCGCCAAGGAGAUCGUCCCCGGUGACAUCGUUGAGGUGUCCGUCGGUGACAAGAUCCCGGCCGAUAUCCGUCUGAUCAAGAUCUACUCGACCACCAUCCGUAUCGAUCAGUCCAUCCUGACCGGUGAGUCCGUGUCCGUGAUCAAGCACACCGACGCCAUCCCGGAUCCCCGUGCCGUCAACCAGGACAAGAAGAACAUCCUGUUCUCCGGUACCAACGUUGCCGCCGGUAAGGCCCGUGGUGUUGUCAUCGGAACCGGUCUGAACACCGCCAUCGGUAAGAUCCGUACCGAGAUGUCGGAAACCGAAGAAAUCAAGACCCCCCUGCAGCAGAAGCUGGAUGAGUUCGGUGAGCAGCUGUCCAAGGUUAUCUCCCUGAUCUGUAUUGCCGUCUGGGCCAUCAACAUUGGACACUUCAACGAUCCCGCUCACGGUGGCUCGUGGAUCAAGGGUGCCGUCUACUAUUUCAAGAUCGCCGUCGCUCUGGCUGUUGCUGCCAUCCCUGAAGGUCUGCCUGCUGUCAUCACCACUUGCUUGGCUCUGGGUACCCGCCGUAUGGCCAAGAAGAACGCCAUUGUCCGCUCUCUGCCAUCCGUCGAAACCCUGGGUUGUACCUCGGUUAUCUGCUCUGAUAAGACCGGUACGCUGACCACCAACCAGAUGUCCGUCUCGCGUAUGUUCGUCUUCGAGAAGGUUGAAGGCAACGACAGCAGCUUCACUGAAUUCGAAAUCUCCGGAUCCACCUACGAACCAAUUGGUGAAAUGACCCUGAAGGGCCAGCGAGUUAAGGCCUCCGACUAUGAAGUCCUGCAGGAAGUGGGAACCAUCUGCAUUAUGUGCAAUGACUCCGCUAUUGAUUUCAACGAAGUCAAGAAGGUCUUUGAAAAGGUCGGUGAAGCUACCGAAACUGCCCUGAUUGUCCUCGCUGAGAAGAUGAAUCCAUUCAACGUUUCCAAGCAAGGUUUGGACCGUCGCUCGGCCGCCAUCUGCGUCCGUCAGGAAAUUGAAACCAAGUGGAAGAAGGAAUUCACUCUGGAAUUCUCUCGUGAUCGUAAAUCCAUGUCCAGCUACUGUACUCCACUCAAGGCCUCCAGGCUUGGAACCGGACCAAAACUGUUCUGUAAGGGUGCCCCAGAAGGUGUCCUGGAUCGUUGUACUCAUGCCCGUGUCGGAACCACCAAGGUGCCACUGACCUCCACCCUGAAGAACCGCAUCUUGGAUCUGACCCGCCAGUAUGGUACCGGUCGCGAUACCCUCCGUUGCUUGGCCCUGGCCACCGCUGAUAACCCAAUGAAGCCCGAUGAUAUGGAUCUGAACGACUCGACCAAGUUCUACACUUAUGAAGUCAACCUAACCUUCGUCGGUGUUGUUGGUAUGCUUGACCCUCCACGUAAGGAAGUCUUGGACUCGAUUGCUCGUUGCCGUGCCGCUGGUAUUCGCGUUAUUGUCAUCACUGGUGACAACAAGGCUACUGCCGAAGCUAUCUGCCGUCGUAUUGGCGUGUUCACUGAGGAAGAAGACACCACCGGCAAGUCGUACUCCGGACGUGAAUUCGAUGAUCUGCCAGUCAGCGAACAGCGUGAGGCCUGCGCCCGUGCUCGUCUGUUCUCCCGUGUCGAACCCGCCCACAAGUCCAAGAUCGUUGAAUACCUGCAAAGCAUGAACGAAAUCUCCGCUAUGACUGGUGACGGUGUCAACGACGCCCCUGCCCUGAAGAAGGCCGAAAUCGGUAUUGCCAUGGGUUCCGGUACCGCCGUCGCCAAGUCCGCCUCCGAGAUGGUGUUGGCCGAUGAUAACUUCUCGUCCAUUGUCGCCGCCGUCGAGGAAGGUCGUGCCAUCUACAACAACAUGAAGCAGUUCAUCCGUUAUCUGAUUUCCUCCAACAUCGGUGAGGUCGUGUCCAUCUUCUUGACCGCUGCCCUUGGUCUGCCAGAGGCUCUGAUCCCAGUCCAGCUGCUGUGGGUCAACUUGGUUACUGACGGUCUGCCAGCUACUGCUCUUGGCUUCAACCCACCAGAUCUGGACAUCAUGGAGAAGCCACCACGUAAGGCUGAUGAAGGUCUGAUCUCCGGCUGGUUGUUCUUCCGUUACAUGGCUAUUGGUGGUUAUGUCGGUGCCGCUACCGUCGGUGGUGCUGCCUGGUGGUUCAUGUUCUCCGAUCAAGGCCCACAGCUGACCUACUGGCAGCUGACUCACCAUCUGGCCUGCAUCGGUGGUGGCGACGAAUUCAAGGGAAUCGACUGCAAGAUCUUCACCGAUCCCCACCCGAUGACCAUGGCUCUGUCCGUUCUGGUCACCAUCGAGAUGUUGAACGCCAUGAACAGCUUGUCUGAGAACCAGUCUCUGGUCACGAUGCCUCCAUGGUCGAACUUGUGGCUCAUCGGAUCCAUGUGCCUGUCGUUCGCCCUGCACUUCGUCAUUCUGCACGUCGAUGUUCUUUCCACCGUGUUCCAGGUCACCCCGCUGAACGGAGACGAAUGGAUCACUGUGAUGAAGUUCUCGCUGCCAGUUGUGCUGCUCGACGAAAUCCUGAAGUUCGUCGCCAGAAGGAUCUCCGACGGCGAAAUUAAGAAAUGGGACUAAGAAGCUCUAGUGGCUUUUAACAUCUGCUAGUACUCGACAAAACCGCGUUUCUUGCAGCAAACAAGAAACCAACGCAAAAAUGCAAUAAUAAAUGAAUAAAAAAAAGUCGAAACAAUAAAAACAACAAAAAACAAAACCAAAUCGUUAUUUAUUAAAUCUAGGAAGGAACCCUACAUCUGUUUCUCCUACUAGGAAGUAUUAAAGCCGAAUACCAUAAACAAACAAAACGUUAAAUAGCAAUUAUCUGGUUUAAAACAACUAAUCAAAACGAUAAAAUGAGUUGAAUUUCCUUUUUUCUCGUUUUACUUAAGGCUAAAUUCGAAUUAUCUACACCAAAGUGAAAAUAAAAAAAUGCAAUACAUUAGUGAGCGUGUUCCAAACAAAAGUAUCGAAAAUAAAAAAGUUUUGCCGAAGUUUUCUUAACAUUUCACCGUAGAUCAGAACCAGAUCAUUUUGAAGUUGAUUAUCCUUGGGGUAGAGUAGAACAACAGCGACUUUUACUUUUUUCUAGUGAAAAUGAACAAUUGAAGACAUUUUUCUCUCAUUUAUUAAUGCUUAAGUUUCAUUUCCUCGAAUUGUAUCUUUAUCUACUGUCGUUUCAGUUGAUCUUUUGUUGAGCCAUUUUCUUUACUAUUUAUGUUAUCUUAUAUCUUUUUAGUUUAUUUAUUAUUUUUAUAAAAUACGAGACAAUGUAAAUAAGAUAAUUAAAUAAAGUGAACAAAGGUUGAAAAGAGAGACAUCAUCUUCUUGUUGAGUUGUAGUCGUCGAAAUUACACUUAAAAAGUUAGAUAUUUACAAAAGGAAUAAACUUAAUUUAACAAAAGUAAAAAAAAAAACAUUGUGUGACGUUGACCGCCAUCUUUAAUUUUAUGUCAUUUCAUCUUUGUUUAAAUGAACAAGUAUAAAACAAGUUAAAGUUUCACGAAAAUGAAAAAUAAAAAUCGUUAAAACCAUC